CGGUGACGUCGUCUCGGUGCGCGGCGCACGGAGCGCGAUGGCGGCGGCGCGGCGCGACGGGCCCGGGCCGGCGGCGGCCAAGGCGGGCGCGGCGGCCCGGGGGCCCGGCCGAAAGAGGCGGUGGAGGCCCGCCCUGCUGCGCAGCGUUGUCGGCAGCGUCCAGGAGGGACGAGGAUUUGCAUUUCGGAGGAAACAGAAGAUUGAACGACAGUACAGGAGAUUGUUGAAAAAGAGAAGACAAGUGCCUGCACAACAGGGUGAUCAGUUUACUGAUACUUAUCCAGAGCACUUGAAACAUCUUUACCUUGCAGAGGAAGAAAAGCUUAAGAAGCUGCGGCGCAAGACUCCAGAUGAUUCGGUGUCAUCAGAAGAAAAGCUUAAUAAAGCAGCAGAGUCAGUUGUGACUCAAGAGAAGUUUAAAAAUAAGACAUCAAAUCAGAAGGCAAAAGAAGAGUAUGAGAAAAUAAAGGCUGAGCAUGCUAGAAAGAAAGAGGAAGCAGAAAAAAGAAAACAACAAAGAGAAGAAGCUCAACGUUUGUACAAGAAAAAGAAAAUGGAAGCUUAUAAAAUACUGAGUAAGAAGACAAAGAAAGGACAGCCAAAUCUAAAUUUACAAGUAGAAUUUCUUCUUCAGAAAAUACAGCAAAAUACAUAACCUCUGCAUAUAUUUAAGUUAGCUGUGGACAUUUUAUUAAAUUUCUUCUAAUAAAUACUGUCUUUUUGUUUCUGCA